AUGGGGGUGAGUAUGCGAGUGAGGGUGAGUGUGCGAGUGGGGGUGAGUGUGCGAGUAGGGGUGAGAGAGCGAGUGGGGGUGAAUGUGCGAGUGGGGGUGAGUGUGCCAGUGGGGGUGAGUGUGCGAGUGGGGGUGAGUGUGCCAGUGGGGGUGAGUGUGAGAAUGGGGGUGAGUGUGCGAGUGGGGGUGAACCUGUGUGUUGUCUUUGGCAAGGAGUGUGGCCCCAAUGAUGAUUGCACUGCGUAUGGGACCGAUCCUGUGUGCGAGUGCAACAUGGACGGUUUUCUCUUUAACGAGCCUGACAAGACGUGCUUCGACCCGAUGGUGCAGACGGCGAUGCAGCUGAGUGGGCGCAACAUCAAGGAGCGCCUCACCUUCUCCACCUCGGUGCCGGCAGAGCAGGCCAGCGCCACCACCGUGUGCAGCGACCUGAGCUCCAGAAUUGGCAAUGCCAAGAUCACCGUCACGUGGGAUGCCCCGAAGGCUAGAGCUGGCAAGGGCAACGCCAUGUGCAAGAGCUUGACAUUCUACACCGGCAAGGGCUGCACGGGCCAGCAGGGCCUGACCAUCGCACGUCUUGCGAAGAAGGGCCCGUUCCUACCCCACCACAAAAAGGUGCCGAAAGGUGUAGGAGAAGAGAGGCUAGAGGGAGGCAGCUCCCACGAUGGGCUCAUGGUGCAUUUUGGGUCGACUCAAAAGAGUAGAGGCAUAAGAGGCAGCCUUAGAAAAUACCCAUCUAAACCCGUCACACAGAGGCAUGAGGACAUCGUCACUGACCCCUCCCCCCGGUUUGUGUUUGUGGCAGGAGGAGGAGGAUGCAGAGGGCAAGGCGGAGAUGAGGGCGUAAGCAGAGUGGGAGGAGAUGAAGCGACUGAGGGCAUAGCAGCUGGAGGACCAGGUGGGUGUGGUGUGGGGUUCAGAUUCAGGGUGUGUGGUAUAGGGCAUGAGAAUGCUGAGGAUCAGGAAUUUCCCGACGAGGUGGACACACCUGACGACAUCCCGGCCCGCCAGCGCUUUGCCAAGUACCGCGGACUCAAGUCCUUCCGCUCCUCGCUGUGGGACCCCAAGGUGCUGUGCGAGCGUCUGCCGCAUGAGUCGACCAAUUGUGGGCUGCCACUUGUUGUGACGGGCCUGCUGCAGCACGAGACGUGCAUGACAGUGCUGCACUUCUCAAUGAAGAAGGCCGACUCCUUCGCCCCCCCCAUCAAGUCCAAGCAGCGCCUCCUCUUCCACUGCAGCUUCCGACGGUUUUACACGCGCCCCACCUUUUCAACGGACGAUAUCAACCUCGACAAUCACAACCCCACCUUCUCAACGGACGGCAUCAACCCCCCACCCCAACCUCUCCCCACCUUGCUACCCAACCCCCCCCCCUCUUCCCCCCCAGCCCCACCUUCUCCACGGACCCCCACCUUCUCAACGGACGACAUCAACCUCGACAAGCACAAGUUCGAGCGCUUCCUACUCCCGGGAAGCUACCCCACGUCAGUGAUGAAGCGCAAGGCAGUGGUGCACUACAUGUUCCACCAGCCAGAGGAUGGCAGAUGGUUCCAGGUCAGUGCCACGUCAGAUGGUUCCAAACAGGAAAGAGAGUGGGUUGGGGGGAAGAGGGAUGCCACGUCCCUCAUCCCCCGUUCCUCCGUUCCUCUUCAGAACACCUUCUAUCACCCCCCCGCCUCCCUUUCUUCUAUCGAACCUUUUCACCAAACUGGUGGGGCUGUUUACCAGGUGGCAAGGGGGACCUCAUUCACUCUAAACGCACGAUGCACAGCACUUCCCUCUCACAGCUCCCCACUCAGCUCUCUCCUCUCUUUACUUACCCCUCCUUCCCUCGUGCCAGCUGGUGGAGCUCUUCACCAACCAGUGGUGCUCUUUACCAAGUGCGGUCGUAGGGGGCGCAUUCGCGAGCCUGUGGGCACCAAAGUGCUCACUCCCUCCGGUAUACCCUUCCCGUAUCCCCCUCUUGCUUCCACCCCUCUUGCUUUCACCCCAAUGCCCCUCAUCGAUGCUUCUCAUCACCGCCUGCUAGGAGCAAUCAAGUGUGUGUUUGAUGGGGUGGUGUAG